AUGAGAACACGAGGGAAAAUGCCGCUCUCCCGACCUUUCCUUCUUUCGUUGACGGGCUUUUUAAUAGGAUGUGGGAUAAUGUGGUCCUUGUCUCCUUCAAUCCAACAAUUUGAUGUGAAAUGUGAAGCAUUACGAGCAUUUCCAAAGGAAAGAGGAUUAGUUAUGAUUGGGAUAAUGACGGCCGCCAAAUAUGUAGAUACAAGAGCGUACAAUGUGUGGAAAACAUGGGCUCAACAUAUUCCCGGCAAAGUUUUAUUUUUUGUUGCCGAAGAUACAUAUUCCAUACACCCUGACUUACCGUUAAUUCGUUUGAAAGGAGUUGACGAUGCAUAUCCUCCUCAAAAGAAAAGUUUUGCCAUGGUUAAAUGGAUGGCUGAGAAUUACUUGGAGGAAUAUGAUUGGUUCUUACGAGCUGAUGACGAUUUAUACAUUAGGGGAGAGGAAUUGGCCUCUAUUUUGCAUUCUCUAGACUCUUCAAAGCCACAAGUCAUAGGCCAAGCUGGUCUGGGCAACAGUGCCGAAUAUGGAACUUUGUCUUUGGGCUCUACAGAUAAUUACUGUAUGGGAGGACCAGGGGUCGUUCUUAGUCAGGAAGCAUUGAGAAUGCUAUCACCGAAUUUGGAAGAUUGCCUUCAACAUAUGUUAACAAGCCAUGAGGAUGUUGAGCUAGGAAGAUGUAUUAGAAAACACGUUGGAGUUGCUUGCACAUGGAACUAUGAAAUGCAGAAGCUUUUCCAUAACAACCAAUCGGUUCAACAGCCUUACCAAGGAGAUUUGUCUGAAGUCAAAGCUGCCAUCACAGUUCAUCCCAUUAAAGAUCCUUACGUCAUGAAGAGAGUUCAUGCUUUCAACAGGGCGUUCAAAUUACAGUCUUUGAGAUCUACAAGAGCUACUUUGAACUCGGAAUUAAGCAGUGCUCGACCACCCACAUUAAGCCGCUCAAUGCCCAACAGCUCGAAGGAUUUAACACCUUUCGAAUUCAUCAAUAAUAAUAAAAUAAUUUUCUGUUCCGGACGAGUUAAUUGUCCUCGACAUACAGUGGAAUUGAGUAUCAGAACUGAAAUGGGAGAGAUAAUCACGCAGUUGUUUGAUGAGUUGAAUACCAAUGCCCGACAGCGGGGUCGUGUCCUACAAUUUCAAUCUCUCCAAUAUGGAUAUCUGCGAGUGGAACCACAGUAUGGAGUGGACUAUGUAUUGGAUAUGAUUUUAUGGUUCAAAAAGUUCCGUCCGCCACAUAGAACGACUCUGUCUGUUAGACGACAUGCUUAUGUACAACAAACUUUCGCUCCCAUACAAACUAAAUCUGAAUCGAAGAUAAGAGCUAACUUACGUGCUACUAGCAAUUAUACAACUGAAAACAGUCACAUUCAUCUUAUUUUACCUCUGAAAGGCAGAGCUGAAAUAUUCAACAGAUUUGCUACUCAUCUGAAGAAUGUUUGUGGGAAAGCAGGUGAUCUAUCUCUGGUCAUAGUUUUCUACAACAGUGAUGAAGAGAAGGCCAACAGAGUCACAAUUAAUGACUUGAUUCGUAGUCACAUUCCUGUUCAAGUGAUUGAAAUGAAUGAUAGCCCAUUCAGUCGAGGAGUUGCUUUGAUGAAAGGAGCCGAAAUGGUACCUGAUGAUGGGUUGUUGUUCUUCAUGGAUGUUGAUAUGCUGUUCACAUGUGAUGCUCUUAAAAGAAUAAAGUUGAACACUAUUCUUAAUGCACAGGUUUACUUCCCGAUUGUAUUUUCUGAAUUCUCUCCGGAGAGUUGGUCCGAGAAUGAUAGGCUUCUGGCUGAUGCUUUCCAUUAUGGGCGAAGAAGAGGGUAUUUCCGUCAUUUUGGAUAUGGAUUAGCUGCUCUUUAUAAGGCCGACCUAAUCGGAGUUGGAGGCUUUGACACUAAGAUUGAAGGAUGGGGUCUAGAAGAUGUUGACCUGUUCGAGAAGGUUGUUAAAAAUGGUUCGCUCCGAAUAAUUCGAUCUCCUGAACCAGGAUUGGUUCAUAUCUACCAUCCUAUCCACUGCCCUGAUUCUAUGCCUGAAGCUCAAAGAAAUAUGUGCUUUGGAUCUAAAGCUGCAAGUUUAGCUUCAAUCGACACAUUGGUCGAUCAAAUCUCGACCUAUACUUAA